AUGAAUUUAUGUGUUAAAAAUCUAGAAUAAAAACUUGAAGAAUGUCAAGAGGAAAACGAAGAUUUAAAAUCUAAAAUUCAAACAAAAGAAUUAAUUAGUAAAAAGAUAGAUGAUGAAAGAAGAAAAAUAUUAGAAUAAAAAGAACAAUAAAAUAUUACUGAAAUUGAAAAAAAAACAGACAAAAUAGCUAAAUUAUAAGAAGAAAACGCCAUAUUAAAUGAUAAAUUUUCCGAAUCUGAAAUUACUAGAAAGAAAUUCAAAGAAAAAAAUACUUAACUUGAGAAACAAUUGAAAGUUGUUUUAUAAGAAAAAGAAAAGAUAGAAAACGAAUAUUUAAAAAUGAAAAAAAGAGUUAAUGAUUUGAGUGUUUUAAAAACCUCAAACAAUAAAAUUUUAGAAGAUAAAAUUAAGUCCUUAUCAUUAGAAAAUGAUAAGUUAAUGAACAUUUAUGAAUAAAAUAUUAAAUAAGAAUUUUUAAAAGAAAAUAUCUUAGAUAAAGGAUAUGAUCCUGAAGAUUUCCAAAUAUUUUGCGAAAAAGAAUUGAAUAAUACAAGUUUAGAUAUAGACGAAAUAAAUUACAUCUUUUAGUAUAAAUGA